AUGUCUCCAAAGAAAAAGCCAAAACCUUCGACUGCAUCUUUGGUUCUGAAAUCUUUAGGAAAUUCUUCCAAUAAUGAUCAGCUUCAGCAUCGGACCAAUACUACGAACGAGGAAAGACGGAAAAGAGCUUUGGCUCUCUCCAAGUUGCUCCGAGAGGAAGAAAAGAAUGAUGCUUCCUCCUCAUCGUUCAACAACACUAAUAACGAUGAUCAUGAUCAUACUCAGGUAGAUAAUUUAAUGGAUGAACAUAUUAUUCGGAAUUUGUUGGACAACUUGAUGGAAGAUGAGGACGAUGAUGAUGAAGUUCUGAAUGAUGAUUUUUUUGUGGAGGAAUCCAGUGAUAGUGCAGAUGAAGGCUUAUCGCCUUUGAGAGAGGACAAACAGCCAACAUCAAAUGCAUAUCAAUCCUUAGGUGAUGAGGAUGAAGAUUGGCAUCAUCAUGGAGAGAGUACGGAUGAUGAAGAGGAUUGGCAAGCCUUUCAAGAAAUUUGUUAUCAUUCCGAUGAUGAUGAUGAUGAUGGUGUGGAAGGAGAUGAUGAAAGUAAGCACCAUGAAACGUCAUCAAGAAGUGCAAAAUCCACUCGGCACAAUAACAUCAACUUGGACAGUACAACAAAUAGAACUAGUGCUAGCAAAAUACAUCAAGAAACACCAACAACAGCAAAUAGAUCAUCAAUAGGACCUUGUCCAAAACCAACUUCUUUAGCCUUAAAAGCAGUUCGCCUGAAACAUAAAUUGUCAGCGUUGAAAAAGAGGAGAAAUGGCAUGAAUGGUUCAGCAACAACAUAUACCACUUUGAAUGGUCAUGAUCAUGAUAAUUCUUCAAAUAUUCACAAUUUAAACAAUUGUGAAAUGAAUUAUUCAUCAACAUUAGAAUCAGUAUCAAAUACCACAGAUCUCAAUGGAUACUCAACAGGUAUUAAGAAACAAACGAAGAAUACUGCUACUACAUCGGACAUGCAAAGCAGUGAAACAAUUUUGUCAGCAGAGAAUGUUACAAAAAAUUUUGAAGCUAAAUCCACCCUUUCAAACACCAAUUCCAAGAAAUCCCGUCAACAACCAUCUCAUCCUGAAAUGUCAUCAUCUUCAUCCACACAAAAUCCUAUACAAAGUACCAAAAAGAUCACCUCCAAAGAUGACACGAAAAAGAAAGACGAACAACAAGAAACAGCAGAAACAUCCGAACCAUCAGACCAUCACGAAAACGAAGUUGUAUCACAUUCUUCCCAUCAUAACCUAGAACGGUCGACCUCAAAGAAAGUUGUCAUGGACAAAAAAUUAUCAAACACUCAAGUUUCACAGAGUGUCACUUCUAGUCAAGGCUCUUCCUCCUCCUCCCAUGAUAAUAAUGCCAAUGAUUUCUCUUCGCAAAUAUCCAACCACCAUGAGAGUAAGGAUGAAGAAAAAAAUCCCUCCCAGAAAGAUCAAGACGCAACAACUGACAAUCAUUCUUCCAAAAAGCCAAAGAAAUCAAAGAAAAGUAAUACGGAAAACGAAGAGAAUGAAGCCUCUGAUGACAAUGAAGGAAAUGCCUAUUUUGCCUGUCUAGAAUGCAAAGAAUCCCAUAGAAAAUGCAGUAGAAAUUUACCAGCAUGUUCACGAUGUAUCAAGAGAGGUCUCAAGUGUGAAUAUCCAGAUCCACCCAUUAGCCCAAAACGAAAAACAUCAGCCAUAACGCCUAAAGAGAAGCAGGAAAAGAAACGAAAAUCAGAAGACAAGACAAAGAGCAAGUCGUCGUCACCCACCAAAAAGAAGAAGAAAUCGAAUUCGAGCGAUUCAGAGCCAUCUCCAAAGAAGAAUACCACAAAACAAAAGCCGAAUAAGGAAAACUCUUCAUCAAAAAAAGACUCUGACGAUGAUGAUGUGAUCCUUGUUUCUGAAAAGAUUCCUAAACCCACGAAACAAAAAACGAUCGAUUCUUAUCUCAAGACAACAAAAUGA